GUUUUUACAUCAAAAAUGCCGGAGAACUCUUUCGCGUCAAGGGUACAUAUUAGAAAUCACUGGGGGAAAGGUACUUAUUGCGCUCAAUGUUACUUGGCAGACGUGGAAUGCGGAUUUUUGAGUAAUCACUCACGCGUUGGCCCACACUUUUCUUUAUUUUUAGGUAUUAACAUCAAAGAUCCAUACUUUUUGGGGAAAAAGGUACUUAUUGCGCUCAAUGUUACUUGGUGUCGAGUAUUAAAAUCAAAGGGAAAAAGGUACUUAUUGCGCUCAAUGUUACUUGUUCUUCCCGUCACUCGCCUUCUAACCUUUCUGUUUCUUGACGUUGUCGCUCUUGUAAUUGUUCUCGAAGUAGUCGUUGUUGUAAUUGUUCUUGAUGAAACCAUUCUUGAAUUUCUAGCUGUUCUUGUAAUUCUUCUUGAUGUAGUCGUUCUUGUAUUGGCUGUUCUUGUGAUUUUUCUUGUUCUUGUUCUUGGAUUUCGUCUUGACGUAGACGUCCUUAAAAUUCUACUUCCUGAUGAGACUAUUCUUGUAACUCUUCUUGAUGCCACCAUUCUUCUUGACGCAGUUGCUCGACGUUAUUAUUCUUUUUAG